AUGGCCUCCCAGGUCUCCCUCUCGGCGGCGUCGUCGGACUCUGCUUCUCCCUCCCCUCCUCCGGCCCAGCGGCCGCCGCUGCGUUCCGUCGUCGUCGUUCCCGACGUGCUGGGCACGGCUUUCGGGCCCAUCGUCCAGGGAGGCGCACCCCGCCUGCCGAGUCCUCCGGUGUCUGGAUCUGGGUGGCAAUCUCGCCAAGGCCGUGUCUUGGCCGACGCCCCCCGCCUGCCGAGCCCUCCAGGCUCUGCUGGCGACCCGUGCCGCCCUCCAAUGCGCCGCUCUCCACCUGGGCGGGGGCCUGCCGUCCUGCCCUCCGCCAGACCGCCGCCGAGGUCGCGCAUCCCGCCGGCCUUGUACGGUUGCUGCUAUAACUAUGGGGACACGCGGCACAUCUCCGUCGACUGCACCAAUCCGACCAGGUGCCUGAGGUGCGGUGGGAAUGGGCACAUCGCGCGCGGGUGCGUGCGCCCGCGCAGCUCCUCCCUGAUCGACCAGCGCCGCCCGCCUCCCGCUCUGCGCCCGAGUCCGCCGGUCGGCCCCCAUCCGCCGCCAUCGUCGGCUGCGGCCACGUCUCGCCCUGCCACCGUUCUGCCGCCCCCGCCGCCCGGACCACCGCCUGCCGGUGCCGUCCGCUUGGCGUUCGUGGGCGCAAGUGGCGGCUUCGGCGCCUGA